AUGAAGGGGAUGGCGAAGAAGUGGAGGGAAUGGCGGAGGAUGGUGAUAAUGAUGAUGAUCUUAACACGGCAUCACGGGUCGGACGCUGGCAGCGCGUACAAUUUGGCUGCUGGCGUUUCGGCUCUCGUUUCCUCUGCCAGUGUUCCGCCCUCUCACUCCCACGCUAGCAAUAGUCACAACAACAGCAAACGGAGUAACGACUCGACCCGCAGUAACACCAAAGCCACGGUUCACAUUAACGGGGUUGCGGUCGACCACUUCCAGCAGAACUCUGACGUUGACGAGGAUCGGGUCUCGAUGAUGGCCGAUUCCGGGGCGAUCUGCCAGAACAGUGAUGUCCAAGGUUUUAUCUCGUAUUCCAGCGACAGCAGUAUGAUCGAGUUGAACCUAAAGUUCAGGAAGUGCGCGUGUAAUGAGAAUAUAAUGAAUCUUUCCAAAGAAAAUCUUCUGGAGCGAGCAAACCAGCAGAAGGAACAACGAAGCCCGGAACCACCGCUUGCCGCUCACCCUGCUAGCAAAGACGUCGUAACAGGAGUCGGGGAUGCUUUCGCGGCAACCACUACCACCACCACCUUGUUCAGCAAAGAAGGUAAAAGUAAGAAAAAGUUACAAUUGAACAAAGACAAUUUGAAUAGUUUAGUGAAUAAACUGAAUGAUACGAAUAGCUCAUCCACUUCGGGUACAAAAUGUAGAUUAUCGUUAGAUAUAAACAAUAUUUUAAAUCAGGUCGUUAGCGAGAAAAAAAUCACAUCGGAAGACAAAAUGCAAACUGAGCAAGAAUCGGUGGAAAUCAUUGCUGACAGUGCCGAGCUGCUAGUGGGUGAGGGGUAUAAUGCAACGUUAGAGGUAGUAGACGAGUUCGAUGAGAGUCAUUCCAGGGCAGCCAGUUGGUCGCCGCUGCUUCCCUCCCCGUGUUCCCCGUCCCCGGCAUCAAGUGUGGCCGCUGAUUGCUCGAGUUGUCUGCAGAGGCGUCACAGCGAGAACGUCGAGUGUAGGUCCAUCGGUAUCCAGCACGGGCUGAAACCGAACUACAACCGCAAGAAGCAUCUGCGCAGGGGUAAAACUCAAGCCGAAGAAAUAAUCGUAAUCUCUGACGAGUUUCGUAGACAAUCAAUUUCCGACCAGAAGGUCAAAAUUCAGAAGGCGAAAAAAUAUUCCAAAUCGAUGGAAAUGAUCGAACGGAAGCAGGAGGGAAAUUCGAACGCUUCAGGAGGAGCGGUUGAGUGCCUUCAUUUGGAAGAAGACACCCUAACCAUCGUGGUCGACCAAAGCGUCAAAGCCAACGGCCAUUCGAAGUCCAAAUCAAAAUCGGUAGACGAUAUCUCACUGAAUUCCGAGCAUAACGAGGAAGAGUUUGGUUCAUUGAGGGGCACCAAUGCGAACGAGGCGAACAGCGUUGAGCUGGUGUUCAUAUCGGACAAAUUCGUUCAGCGCAAGAGCAAAACCGACUCUGACAUUAUCAUUGUGGAUAUAAACAAGAAAAGUUUGAAAAGAAAAAGAUCGUCCAACAAAAAUCUGAUUAUCAUUACCGACGAUUACAAGGAGAAGACCUCCUCCAGUGUGAACAACGAUGUGAAAAUCGUGAAGAGCAGUUCGCUAAAGGGGAAAGAUCUCCGCCGCAAGACGACAAUCUCGAACUCGAACAGCUUCCUAACCUACGAGGAACCAUUCUCGCCGGAGACCCUCGAGAACAAAGACAUUGGGGCAAUGUUUGCCGAAGAGUCGGCUGCGGCCUCGAAGUAGAGUUGGAACUUUUUUUUCUGGUUAGCAGUUGUGUAUGUAUUUUUUGCAUUGAAAUGUUUUAUCGUUGCUCAAAUUUUAAAAAAAAGUUCUAUCGAAAUGUUCAGGAAGUGGGAAUUGUGUUCUAAUUCCAAUGAAUCGGGUUAUCUUCAAAUUUUCGAAUAGCCAACUAAAUUUCAAAUAAUUAGAACUAAUUGAUAAAGUAUGGGUCAAUAAAAUUAAAGUACUCCACCUUCGUCCUCUGCAAGUACUUCGUUAGCUCGUCAGCUGUCUGCCCAUCCGUACUCACGUAGGCCAGGUUGACAAUGUCGCGAUCGACGAGGGUAUCUCUGAUUCAGUAAUGUUUUUUAUGUGGCAAUUCUCCGCUAUACUAUGAUCACUUGAUGGCUCCUGCCGAAGUCGAUGAAACGUUUUCACGUGUGGAUUUCCACUGAUCAAAUCCCAGUCAUCAUCGAGCACAUGUUUCACAACGUUCAAUGAUUUCAUCCAGGAUUUUCAUUAAAUCUACUAAGGGCGUUGACGGCAAACGGAAUAUCUGGCUGAAUACCAUGAACCAGAAUCAUUUGGCAACCGAUUGCCUUUUGAAAAACAAGAACUUUCAUCGUUGGUCGGUUUCUCGCUGACCUUCGUCGUUAUAUUGCACUUUUUUAUAUUAAAGCGCUUCAAGAAGGAUUCGACGAACCUCUGAUACCAUCGUUUAUCCACUCGAUCCGGAUCCCAACUCAAUGAUUCCCUGUCCGAUGGUCCUUAAUGUGGAAGUGACUGCUCUGAUGCUUCUUCAACUUCAACCAUUACUCUUACCGCUUGAAUGUUUGUUACUCCACACAAAUUACAUCAUCCAGCUCAACCUACAGCUACCCCGUUACAAGAUCCUUUUGCAUCAUGGUUAAAUUAUGUUUAGCGAUCAUAGCAAAGUCUACUCCUUUUCACUGUGAGUAAUUUGUGAUAAUUAGCCUCGCUUUGUGCCGUAAUACCGUCCAGCUCUGUCUUGAACCUUUUUCGUAAACUCGAAGGUGUAGGUAUUGAUGUCUACCAGCGCGUUGAACUUCUCUCACAGAGCACACUUCAGCAUUCACUUUCAACUGAAGGCCUCCUGGGACUUCCGAAUAAUUACCACUAAGCUCGGUAAAUAUUCAGGUACAUCCAUCCAAGUCGUCUUCAAAAAAAACUUUUUUUCACUUGAAUCGUCGUUGGAAAUGAAUGCCAGAAGCUCAUGUAGAUCACUCAUUGGAAGAAAGCAAACCUGAUUAAAUAUGUCCAAAAAUCUUCACAACUUAACGUAUGGGAAUCAAUGUUCAUCAGCAACUCCCAGAAGCCGCUGAUAAAUGAAGAAGAUCCAACCAUCACAUCGUGCUUGUACAACUUGACGGAGCUGAGAAUUCAAUGACUUAUCUAUCAAAUCUUCGGACGGCUACGCAACACGUACGAAGAUGUAAUCAAUCGGGCAUUAUCCCGUAGAUGGGUAGCUUCUAAAUUUUAAUCCGUUUAAUUAAGUAAGAACAAUAAGUGUUAUGUCUUGUCUAGCGUCGAGUCUUGUAAUUGCCAUGAAGAUCACCUAGCCAACGGACGAUUUUUCACAGAUAUCGCCACCAUACGUUGUGCCGAAAAUGGCUGAAGAAACGACUGGUUCGAUGAUAAAUGUCAACAGUUGACCAACAAAAAAAAAAGCAGCAUGGGCGAGAGUUACUGCAGCAUCUUGCACGGAGGAACAAUCUAUUUUGUUCGCUCAAAGUAGAUAAUUUCGAACGAAUCGAGUAAUGUAACCACACCAUUACAAUUAUAUCUUGUAGUUUACUGCCCACAACAGCAUACGACUCGUGCAUAUACAUUUUCGCAAAUAGCCAUAUUCACUGUAGUCGAAAUGCUUCGUAUCGCGUGCUGAUAUAGCGAAUAACUAAACUGUCAUCCUACAAGCGGAAGGGAAAAGAAGGAUGUAGUAUUAUGACGAAUGGACCCAACGACGUGAGUCCGGAAAAGUUGGUCAGUUAUUUGCAUCGACUAAUUGUCAAAUUUUGAGCUAGCUACCGGAAGAGAGGAAAGGUGGGGUUAUUUGCCUAUCGUCAAGACAGGCGACAAACUUGACUGUGCGAACUUUUGCAAUCACCGUCCUGAAUGCCGCCUACAAAAUGCUUUUCCAAAUCGUCUUUCAUCAUCUAUCGCCACUUACGAACAGAUUCGGUUACAGAUUUAGGUUAUCAGCGCGGCUUCAUCGAAGGUCGCUAUUACUUGCGGCAGAUCCACCAAAAUGGCCGCGAGUACAAAGUCCCAACGCCCUAUUCAUUGACUUUAACCCCUUAAAGACCCAUUUUUUUAUUUGUCUAAAAAACUAUUUCACUUCUAUCUCGAAUCUCCGACUUUCAACAUAAAAUACUCCUAGCAGAUAGCUGCCAGUAUAGAACCAAUGUGUAUGUGUGAUAGAUGAAAAUAUUCUAAAGGGUUGUAGAGGGUUAAAGCCGCAUAUGAUUCGUUAACACGAAAAGAGCUUUGGAGAAUCAUGGAUGAAAACGGCUUCCGCAGGCAGCUGACAAUACUGAUUGAGGGAGGCUACGAUGAAUAGAAUACAGUUCUGCAUGCGAAUCAAAAUAUGAUGCGCUCCUUCGCCUGUUAUUCAACAGUGCGUUAGAACGUGUUAUGAUACGAGCGGUGUUUAACUUGCGUGGUACGAUUUUCAAUAGAUCCAGUCAAUGCUUCUUCUUCGCUGAUGACGUAGACAUUAUCUGCAGAAUACUUGGGACGGUAAACAUUACACCAGACUCAAGCACGAAGCAGAGAGAAUUAGUCUGAGAAUCAAUGCGUCUAAAAUCAAUUACGUGCUGGUUUCCGGAUCCAGGAGUCGUACUUACCAUAGUCUCCACGAACACGGACAUAGCAAUCGUGCGAAUUGUUAACUGUACAAAACGCCUAAAAGACCGGUUGCUCUCCACGGGCACGAAAAGUGGACAAUACUCCAAGAGGACCUACGAACACUCGGAGUUUUUCAAUGACGUUUGUUAAAAACCAUUUUCGACGAUGUGCAGGAGGACGGCGUAUGGAAGCAAAUGAUGAACGACGAACUCACGCAACACACCAGUGUACUCAUUGUCCAGAAAGUGAUCAAAGCUGUAAAGAUACGCUGGGCAGGACAUGUUGCAAGAAUGUCGGACAACUAUGCUGCUAAAUGGUGUUCAUCCGGAAUCUAACUGGUACAAGACGACAAAGAGCUCAGCGAGCAAUGUGUUUAGGUGGUGCCCGCGGAAUUGGAGAGAGGUACUCACUAACCGAGUUAAUUGAAGAAACAUUGUAAAUGAGACCAUGUUGUAAAAACCUUAAGCCAAAAUAAAUAACCUCAAUGGCGACGCAGCAGACCCAGACAGAAGAGAAACUGAUCUAGCAGAGCCCACGCCCGACGACAUCAUCCUAGCACCUGAAUCGCGGAAGACUCGGAAAGAGAUUGGGAAGCUGAAACCAACCAAGCCGCUGGCAAGUUUAAAUUGUGAGACAGAGUUUUCCAUGUUGCCCUAUAACGAGCACCACAUAUGCUGAAAAACAUCCAUAUUACAGCUUUAUUACCUCUCAUUCUCCACAACACCAUAAAUACUCAGCACGGCAAGCUUCAUCUCCAGAACGAACUGAACUGGCUUCAUGGAAGCCCCUCAUCCCCCUGCCACAGUUGAGAUUCUCCAACCAUCGCUCAGCAGUCGUCCUGGCCCUGUGAGUGGGGUCAGAGAAGGGGACUUCCACCACGCUAUUCUCGGCCGGUACGACAGUGUUUUAAUACUUCAGUUUCGUAUCCGUCCACUGGUUCUAGCGAUGCAACCAAUGUAUGGUUGUCACUACAACCCGUUGCUGCCCCCGUCGAUUGUGUGUGGCUGUACUACCAAACUGUCUGAGGUGUGUGGAUUAAAAUCGACGACUUGCUUUAAGCGGUUACAGACUGUAACUACGAAGUCAUCGUACUGACAGAGACUGUAUUAAACGAUUGUAUCGAUUCCCUGCCAAUGUUCAGACCGACAUUCAACGUUUUUCGUUGUGACCGUAGUUGUAGAAACAGCAAUGAAACGAACUUCGGUGGCGUGUUGAUCGGUUCACCAUCGCUACCCUUGUACGCAAAUCCACACACGUCACGGGGAAAGAUUGGAACAGGUGUUUGCUGUCGUUGUCAUCGGAAGUAAACGAUUAGCCAAUCGGUGCUGUAUACAUCCCACCUGAUCGUAGAUGCGACGUGGAUUUGAUAAAUGCACAUGUAACCCCCGUUCGUGAUGUUUGUGACCAAGCUACAUGUGAAGACCAGGUACUGCUUUGUGGUGAUUACAACCAGCCUUGCUUACAGUGGUUGCAGAGUGCUGGCGACGAAGUUUUAUCAGCAGGAACUUCCAUGGUAUCUGCGCCGAGUGCUACUCUGAUCAAUGGUAUGGACUUCUUGAAUUUGACCCCUACCCCUACCAAGCAACGUGCUUUAUUGUGAGCUUUUCGCCAAAUUCGUCACAUAUUGUGUUCCAAGUUGUUCCUUCGGACGUCAUUAGUCUGAAGAUGUUCGUGGUGACUGCUGCUAGUGACAUCUCCGCUGCAAAAAAAAAAAUCGAGGGGUUGUAUCCGAAACACGACCGCUUAUUACGUAGGACUACGCAAUCUUUUUUUUAAAUUUGUUGGUGUAUCAUUUCGGAUGAUAUUCGCGAACACGUGGAAAUUUCAUAAAUAACUCUGUAGUUAAAAAUUUCCGAGGACCCUGAAAAGGUUUAAUGGUUUGCGUGGUUUGGUAGAAUCGUUUCGAGAAGCAACGAUUCUUUCUUGCCUUCGCGAGAACCAUACACUAUUUGGUCAUAUGUCGCAAUAUGUUUCUUUAUAUCAAUGCACGUAGUGCACUGGGUAUUUAACGAGAGGCAUCUUCCGUGCAUCGCCAUUCAACAAGCAUCAAACACGCGUCUAACAGCACACAGUGGCAGCGAUAAAAAUGAAACAUCGAAACACACUUCAUGUAAAAUAUUCGCUAGCGUUCACAGCCCGAGGGGAAACAUAAAACACAAAACGAGCAGAAUAAGUGACCUUUGUUGUUUCGGACACAGAAGGAUUCUGAGAAUUUUCUUCAGAGGAGAUGCAAUACUUAUACGCAACCGACAGCUUACUUACUAUUCAAGAGUGGAGUUUACUUCUAAAUAUUCUCUUUUCUCUUUCGCUAUCCCCCUUCGUUGUUACUAUCCUAGCUGCUGUAUAAGUUGCCCGUUACUGACAGCUCUGUUCGGGAAAGCACUCUAAAGGACAAAACAAAUGUAUGGAGAAAUGGGAAUGCUUCCAAUUUCCAUCAAUUUAAAACAUAUACAGACUAUGGGAUUGUGAUGUAUAGCAUAACAAAUAAAUAUUAGAAAAUUUCCGAUUCGAUUGGUAUACGAAUCGUUAAAAUCCGUUCGCAGUAAAAAUAUGUAUUAACGUUAACUUUAUUUCAUAAAAACAUGACCCGUUUUCGGAUUUGGCACCCUUAAUGAAAGACGUAGUCCUUCGUCAAAAAAUAAAAAGUUCACUAUCACCUACUCCUUCCGGCAUACCAUCCGGUUUGUUCUGCCGCUGCGCUGUUAAUCUAGCCGAGCCACUUUCUGUCAUCUUUACCCGAUCACUCAAUGAUAAAGUAUUCCCUGAAAUUUCGAAGAAGUCUUUCAUGUUUCCUGUCUUCAAAAACGGUGAUAAGCGAAAUUUCAGGAACUAUCGUGGAAUAACAAGGCUGCGUCCAAGCCACUUGAAAUCAUCAUCAGCGAAGUUGUUCUUUCUCAAUCCAAGAGAUACAUCCAUACCGAUCAGUACGGAGUCAUGCCUGGCCGGUCGGACACCACGAAUCUGUUGAACUUCACCAACAUCUACAUUACUGCUAUGGAGGGCAAGGCUCAAAUCGAUGUCAUCUAUACCGAUCCGAAGGUGGCUUUCGACAAGACCGACCACAAUAAACUUUUGACUGAACUGUCACGUCUGGGAUUAUCUGUCAAGCCCGUGUUGUGGAUGAGAUCUCACCUGACGGGACGGAAACGAGACCUUACCUGACGGGACGAAAAGUGCGCGUUAAAAUUUACGGCUGCGUUCCCUCGUGCUUCUGCACAUCGUCUGUAAUGCCUCAAGGAAGAUUGCCCUCUGUGCCCUGGAUACGACCAAACAUCUCGCUGAGCACCUGAAUGCAUUUGGAGUUUUUGAACGGAAAGUGCUGCAGGUGCUGCUUGAAGAGAACACAAUUGCGCAUCUAGCGGAAGUCAGUAGGGCCGACACUUCGUAAGGGUUUUGAAGGAUAUCCCGAUAGAAAGAAAAUCUUUUCAGUAACUCUUCCGGGACAAGGGACAGUAGAGCAUAGUGCGCACAAAUCCCAUCACGACUCUUGAUGAUAUUCUUUUGGAAUUCACACAGAUGUCACACCUUCGUUCCUCAUCCAAUCCAAUCAUGAUGCAUUCGAUCAUCGCUCUUUCGUCGCUUCUGUUUCGACCAUUGGCUUUGCUCUAAAUUUCUUCAGGCAUAAGUCCAAGAUUUUGAUAAGUCCAACUGAUGUCUAGCAUCAGAACUAUUCAUUUUGAAGCCAUUUUUGUAUAAGCAACUCCUAAUUUAGAGCAGUAAGAGCAAAUUUCCCGUAAAUUUAUUGACAAACAGUAAUUUUGUUGAAGUUUUCAAUACAUAUGAACUGUUUAAGACCUGUUGAGUCUGAUCAUGAAUUUUAUUAGUUGUUUUUGUUGAAACUAACAUCAAAAUUUCAAGUACAAAAACAACAUUUUUACCAUCAAGUGUUUUCCACAAGACGGGCAGGUGGCAACUAGACUGCCACCAAUGUUUUACGCUAGCGUGCAGGUGGCAUCUAUAUUGCCACCAACAUCUAACACUAGCCCUUUUACGGGCAGAUGGCAGCUAUAUUGCCACCAAAAUUUUACGCUAGCUGGGUAGGUGGCAACUAUAUUGUCACAAUUUUUUUCAAUGUUUUUGAUUGUUUUGCGUAUUGAAAAAAAUGUUUCGUAUAUUUUAGCAUGUAAACAUGUCGUUGUAAUGGAGUUUGGCAGGGCAUUACAUUGCCACCAACAUUUUGCGCUAACCGGGCAGUGAUAACUAUAUUGCCACCAAUUUUUUCAAUGUUUUCGAUUGUUUUGCGUUUUCAAAAAAAAUAUUUUGUGUAUUUUAGCAUCUAAACAUGUCGUUGUAUUGGAGUUUGCCUUGAUUACAUGCCUAGUUCUCACGGCCCGUUAAUGCCGAGUUAAUGGCCCGAUACUUGAAGAAACUUUCCCGAAUUCCUAUAUUUGGAACUGUACGGAUAACAGCACCGAAUUUGUUGACCACAUCCACGUCUGAAAUUCUGGAGUGCAAGUCGGAAGAAAUUUCAUUGAUGAAAAAUUCACCGACCUGAACGGGAAUCACUCGGCAUAUGUGUGGCGCUAACGACUCGACCACGGGAACCCUUAGCAUGGCUUAAAUCGCUGACUGUGAUUCAAUCGAUAUGAGCGUUUUUGAAAUUUCCAAUUAGUGGGAUCAUUUUCGACUUCACCCGAAUAUGGUUUUUAAUUAAAAAAAUAUUGCGAUUGAGUUACGAGAGCUAGACUAGACGCAAUCACUGAACAGUAAGACUGCUGCCAGAUCACUUCCGAAACAAUCCAAUCAAAUUAUAUCCACUUUUGUAUAAAGACAUCCACAAAUUAUCCCAACAGAGAAGAAAUUGACUUUGUACUAGCCAAUGUUAGCAAAAAAACUGUACAGUAAUAAAUAUGAUCGUUGUAAUGUUUUAUUAGGUGUGAUUUUGUUCAAAUCAAAACGUUAGUAUCGAAACAAUAUCUUAUACGCGAUAAUGUCUGAUCUGUAAACAAACAAAAAACCACGACUGAUUAGCGAAACUGCAAGUAGAGGACAGAGAACGUAGCUGCAAUCAUCUUGAGUAGCAAGAGAACAGAAACAACAGUAGCAAUAGACACAGUAAUAACAAUCAAAAAAACACAUACACACGAGUUGCAACAUUAGAAGAAACAGUCAUACCUAGCGAGCACUCUACUGAUCCGAUAAACUCACACCAAUGUUGUUUUUCCACCUUUAUUGCAGAUCUGAUCUGAAUUCACCUUAUUGCCGUCCCAAGUAGAACAGUUAGAACAGUAAAACAACAUUUUCCUGCCGUGUGUAGGGCUCACAGUAGUUGAUGAAUCCUUUUCAUACGCAAACACACACAAACGAAUAGAAUAAAACCUGAACGAGACUAGAGAAUCGUAGAGCUGAAUGUGUGAACGCAAGAAGAGCGAGUGUACAUGUGAGACAAUACCGAUUCUUCCUCGCCAGAUGCUUCCUUUGGUAUGAAACAUUGAAGUGAAAAAAACAACGGAAUCCAAAGCCCUUUACUUUGUCGGGGCAAAGUGUCAUUGUUGGAAUUCUUUGUGAUGCUUUUCUUACCCCAGUGUGGUCCUUUUCUUAGCUAGCGAUAGUUUCCCCUCGCCAAACAUAAAAUUCGUUGUCUUCUAUUGUGUAAAUACAGAAAAUAAUCUAUUGCAUUUAUUCAUUGCAAACACCGAACAUUUCUAGGGUUACAGAGCCACAAAAAUAGCGCAAUUACUAUUAGUAUUUUAUCUGGUUUUUAUCUUCCUGCAGAGACCGAUACAAACAACGCGUCUCAAACCCUACAAUCUGAUUUGCUGUAUAUUAGUAUACUGGCGUGAUUAGUACAUUAGUGUACAUUAACAGAAAUAAAACAACAACUAAUGAACGCACUCGUCGUGAAACCAAGGACUGCAUUAAUGUAAUUUAUGACUACCAGAGAAUCCUUAAUAAAAAAACUAACAUCAGAAUGAAUCAGAAGAGAAGGUAUCCCCUGUUUUCACGUUUUCGAUCUUCAAGAUAUAUUUAUACACCCAUACAAUGUCGCAAAGCAAAAAUGCAUCGUAUCUUGUGUAGAAUAAUUAAACGCAAAAUUAUGUAUAAAAGCCAAUUUAAAAUAAACUCAUGUCUUUUGAAGGAGUAAGCCGUUCAUAUACGAUAUAUAAUCGAAAUCGAAUUAUUCUGAAUCAAUACAAAAUUAUAGUAACAGAAAACCACACUAUCCAUUGUAACAUCAUCCAGGCACAAACCACAAACAGACACGCAGAUACAUUAAGAAUCGAAUCAAAUAUUUGUUUAUGUGAUUUAUAUACCCAUAAGAGAGUGAGCGUGCAAGAGAGAGAAAAGUAUGUGCGUCCCUGAGUAGGUGUGAGUAUUGUGCAUUAGUGUGUGUAUGUGUAAAAAACAUAUGAUGAUUGAUAUGGAGAACAAAAACAGCAACAAACAUAAUUAGCAAUUCAUCGUGAGACAAAGGUUUUAAACUUUAUCCGUAAAUUAGUCCAAGUGGAAAUACAAAAAAAUAUAACAGAUUAUUAUUAAUGAUUAUUUAAAGUAAUAGUAUAUAUUAGUUGUCAGUUGUAAUAAGAUUAUACAAGAAAGGCAGAAAGAAGAAAACACAAGACAAAAGUAAGGAAAUUAUAUUAAAUCAAUUGUUAUAAGUGAAAUCCAACAGAUGAUGUGUC